UUAAGCGGCAUGUUGCCAUUUCUAACCCCAGCCCAUUGGAUCCAUCGUGAAAGCGGGUCACCGAUGGUUAGAAAUUAUUCCGCCGGCAUAGCAGGAGGGUGUCGACCCGAUGAGGAGGUUAGGAGGUCCUGUACUCCGUAGACGAGGGUGAUAUUCUUUUGGCACGAACCAUCCAGUGGACACCAAUCAACUCAUAUGGGCAAUUUUCUAUGGUUCCUGACGAUCCUCUCGGGUAUCAUGGGAUUUGCGCGGCAUAGUGCUUCGAAUUGGGACGAUGGUGGCAGGCCACAGGCGACGCGGGAAGUGGAAACACCAACUAAGCACCAUCCUAUCGUAGUAGCAAAGCGAGACACAUGCCCGGGCAUCCUCGCAAGGAGGCACAUUCCUGUGGUCAGGAAGGCCAGCUUCUCCAUUGCGUCACUGCCCAGCACCCCAGCAGAAGCGACAUGAGAUCAAUGAAUCCAGGAUGCACCCUCAGCAAUGACGGCGUAGAACAGGCUCCGAGAUAGGAUAUUGUUGGUCCCUCGUGUAGCAAGAAACCAGGAGAGUCUGGUUCCUGACGCGGUUGCUGGGAGGAGUCUGGGCCUGGGCUUAUCUCGGGGCGAUUUUCAUGGCGAGUCAGUAGUCAGUCAGUGGUCAGGCACAGGUCCCGUGGCUCUGGUUCCGUUCCCGAAACGCUGUUUCCUCCUCCCUCUUUCUCACCUUUCUUUUUCUGCUGCUCCUGAUUCCUCUUUG